AUGGGAAUGAAGGCGCUGGCUGGCUUGAAUUGGUUGUGGAGCUACCCCAAGGACAAGUACUGUGCGCAGCUUGUGGGCUUCUACCUCAACCAGUGGAGAGACUGGGACUGCAACAGCACCAGCUCCUUCAUCUGUGAGAUGCCAGCUACAGGUGCCUUCCCCAGCUCUGUGAGGGCUGUGCGUUUCCGCUCCCACUGCUACACAUUCCACUUCCCUGCCCUCUGGGAAAUGAGGACUUGGCCACAAGCUUUGGCUUUUUGCAAGCAGUCUGGUGGGAGCUUAGCAAGUGUCCAAGGUGAAGAUGAGAACGCCUUCCUGUCUGAUGCCUUUCCUGCCGAUGGCUGGCAUAUGUGGAUUGGGCUGCAGUUCAGCACAGUAUGGCAAUGGAGCGACGCCUCCGUCCCUGUCUACUACAAGUGGCAUCAUCCCGUGGCUAAUGUGUCUGGCCAGUGUGCAGUGAUGGAUCUCUGCCCAUCUGACCUUUCUCGACACGGAACAUGGGAGACCAGAGGGUGUGACAUCGAGCCCCCUACCAGAAGCACUGGCUUCUUCUGCAAAUACAGCCACGGUUCUUGCGGGCUCCCUGCUCCUGUGGAGUUCCCCCUCCCCGGCGGGAUGGGCCCGUAUGCCACGGCUGAUGUCGUUUUCUCCUUGCCCCGCUAUUCUGUGUGCACUGUGAUGCUGAUGAAGGCCCACACCAGGACAGCGCUCUUCCAGCUGCGCCUAGAGUCCAGUGCCACACAGGUGUACGGCAGUGUAGCUGCCGAAUUCACCGGGGAUUUGGUGCAGAAGGAGUUAGUUCCAGUGCCCUUUUCUGCUGGGCUCAAUACAUGGGGCUUCAUCACUUUCCCGGCUGGCAUGAUUGGUUUCUUCAACCACCAGGAGCAUUUCCGAGUGUUCAGUGACCGGGCGAUCUCCUUUGCUAACCUUGGCUCCUUGCUCAUCUCCGGAGUGACCGUGGCAAAUGCAUCUCUAGAGUAUCGGGUUUCAUCCGCCAUGCGUUUCCCUAGCGGCAACCCAGCUCUGAGAAGCGCCAUGCGGCUGGAGAAUGCAGCUGCCCGCUACCUGAGCAGCUUCACCCUGGGCCUGUGGAUCCGAAGCACCUUUGCCUCCGCCAACAAGAUGGGGCUCCUCAGUUACGUGGUGAGAUCGAGGCCGGCCGAGCUCGCACUCUUCCUCUUGGCUCCAGCAGGCCUGGAGUUUUGGCUCAAAGGGGCUGUGAUACUCAGCGGCACCACUGGUCUUCUCCUGGAUGGGUCCUGGCACCAUCUUGCCAUUUCUAUCUCCAGUGACCUGUCCGCCAGCCCCUACAUGGUCUUCAUUGACGGAGAGCCCUGGGAGCCUGACUUUGCAGACAGUGCCUGGUUUCUGUGGAAGGGACUGGCAGUGGGAGGGGAGUGGAAUGUUGGACAGCCAGAGAUUGUGGAUAAAGGGGGUCUUACUCUGGGCAGCCCGUAUGUGGGGGAGCUGAGUGAGGUGAACCUGUGGGACAGAGCCCUCCCCAGGCUCUCUGUGAAGCAGCUGGCAGCCUCCAGGGACAAAUGGAAGUUUCCUGGGAACGUGAUGAGCUGGAGCCAGUUGGCUGAUGCAAGGUCUGGAGUCAUGGAGAUCACGACAGCAAGCCACAGUGCAGCUGCUGGCUUUGUGUGGCUCGGAUUGCUCUGGCUUGUGGGACACCCCUCAGUCCUGUGCUCCGAUCCAGAGCGUGCCCUGGUCUACGUGGAGCCUGCUGCGGAGCGCUGCCCCAGGAACUCCCUCUGGGGACUGCAGCUGGACGCCCGACUCCGCAGCCUCACGGUGCCUUCCUCGUGUCUGCUGGUGGGGCUGGAUGGAGUCUCGCUUGGGUGCAGCUCAGACUGCUCCUCUGAUGGGAGGAGCUCCUUCCGCCUGCUGCCGGACCAGCGCCUCCAGAAUCUGCACUCCGGCUUCUGCGUCUUUCAGAAACCCAGGAGCCCACGGCUCUUCCUGCAGAAGUGCUCCUCCCAUGCCCUACGCUUUGCACUAGAUGAAGACGUGCAUUGCCCCCGAGCCCAGAGCUGGAGAUCCAGGAAAGAUAAAUGCCUCCACAUUGUAGCAGGUGCUGCCCUGGAAUGGAAUCAGGCCCUGAAGUACUGUCAGAGAUUCCAAAAUGGGAGCCUCCUCACUCUGAGCAGCCCAGAAGAUCGGAGCUGGUUGCAAGAGGAGUUGCCUUGGAGCGUCUGGACUGGUUUGCAUGGUGUCCGCAGGGGUUCUCUGCACAAAUGGGCCGAUGGGACCUCCUUUAACAAGGAUUUGCACAGCUGGAUUCUUCCUGCAGAGGUUCCUAGUGAAAUGGUCUGUGUCUUGCUGCUGCAGUCUGGCUUCCUGAAGGAGGAGGCGUGCCAGAGACCUCACCACUGGGUGUGUCAGACCCCGCAGAGCAACAGGUUCUACGUGGAGGUCUCUGGGAAAUCCUUUUAUGGAAGCUUGUCUGCAGAGGGGAGCUUCUCCUCCCUGCCAGAUGCCAAAGCACAAUGCACCUCCCUGGGCUGGGGCUGCAGCGCGGUGGUCAGCAAGGCCGGCUCGUACUACCUCUAUCGUGGGACACGCUUGGUGAACCUGGAGGAUCCAGCCAUGGACCCAGCAGCUGCUGUGCACAUCAAAGCAGGGUGUGUUCCGGGCUAUAUGGGGCAGGACUGUCAGUCCGAGUGUCCUGUGUGUGACACUGGAGUGAGCUGCAGCCCCCUCACAGGCACCUGUGACGGCCUGUUGUACUCCAGACAGCACGAUGGCUUACAGACAGCAGCAUACAUCUCUCUGAAAUGUCCUCCCUUCACCGACUGGGUGUUCAAGGAUGGAUCCUGUGUGUUGUUGGAACACAAGGGCAGUCAGAAUGAAGCGGAGCCCAUUUGCAGAAGGUAUCUGGCUGCUGAAGUCCUGGAAAUCAAGCCUGCCCCAGACCUGCUCUGCGGGACCCCUUAUGAAGGCCGAGGUCCUGAGAAGCGCUGUCCCUCGGGCUCCUUCUGGUCUUGCCAGCGAGCAGAAGAGGUGGAGCUGCCAGCUCUUCGGGAGAAGAUGCUCAUUUCCUUCCAGGAUUUUGUGUGGCAGAGACAUGCUUCGCUGGGGGCAGCCAAGGACUCCUGCUUCCUGCAGAGAGAGAACUGCACCGGGGUGAUGCAGCUGCAUGGCACCCACUACACCAUGAACGGAACGGUGCUCGUCGACAGUCCUGGCUCCGGUGCCACCCUCUACAUCAAGUCAGCCUGCUCCCCUGGCUAUUCCGGCAUGAGGUGUGCAAGGCGCUGCCUACCCUGUCCUGGCACUCGCACCUGUAACCCCCUGAAUGGCCGCUGCGAAGGGCUCCUGAGCUGUGUCCACAGGGUUGGCCUUUCCUGUCUCCAUGGUCUCGUGAGUGGGAGGUGCCCCAGAGGAGCUGGCUGGUGGUACUGGGAUGGACACUGUUACUAUGUGGAGGAGAGCGAUGCCAAGACAUGGCAGCAAGCGGAGGCAGCCUGCAGUGCCUCUGGAGAAGGCAUGGGGCUGCUGGCUCUCAACAGCCUGGAGGAGAAGGCCUGGGUGACAGCCAUGGUGCAGAGGGACAGCUGGACUGGGCUGAAUGACCUCGAUGGCGAUGGCAGCUGGACGUGGGCAGUGGCUCAGUACACAGAUGGCGCUGCCCCCUGGCUGGCUGGUGUGCCGCUCCUUCGAGGAGGCUGCGUGAGCAUCGGAGCCCUGGGGGAUACUGGCCUCACCGCGUCCAACUGUUCAGGACUCAAGCCAUGGGUCUGCGAAGGAGUGGAGGUUCCCUGGAGCCGCUGUCCCACGGAGCCUGGCUGGAGACACUGGAAUGGUAGCUGCUACUACUGGGACUUGUCCUUGGCCAGCAGCACCUGGCAGGAGGGGCUGCAAGUGUGUCGGCGGUUCAGACAGACCGAGUUGCUGUAUCUGACCUCGCGCCAGGAGAAGGACUGGAUAUGUUCAAACUUCAGGGGAGUCUUCUGGACAGGCCUGAAUGAUCAGACGGAUGAAUCCGUAUUUCAGUGGACUACAGGCGAUCCCAUCACCAGGCAGCUCGCAGAGCACUUACGAGACGACCUGGCGGAUGGCAGCCUGAAGGAUUGUGUGUGGCUGGAUACAGCAAGCGGACUUCUAACAGAUGCCAGCUGUGAGGAGAGAAAGCCAUUCAUCUGCAAGUGCAGCGAGGCUACCGAGUGGUUUGUGAAGCAGCCUGGCCGGGGCGUGGUGGGAGACCCAGCAUUCCUACACCCCUCUGCCGAGAGCCUGGAGAAGGCCAAGCAGGAGUGCCUCCGCGAGAGGAGCGUGUGCCCAGCCGUUCUGCAGGCUGGGACAGGCUUCUACCUGAUCGGCUCCAUGGCUGGCAUCAUCUCCCGACCCAAUUCCACACUCUACGUAUGGACCAUAUGUGCUGAGGGGUUCAGCGGCCUGCGCUGUCAUAGAUACACUGCCCCCCAGCAGCGACCUGCGUGUGACUGCAGUGGCAGAGUCCGGGUGUCGGCAACCCAAGUUUGUGGUGUCCCUGUGCAGAGCUGCAUUGACUACUGUCGCCACACAACAGCCCAGAGCAACUGCUCUCUCUGCCUGCCCGUCUGCUCUGAUUCCAGCUUGGGCAUCCUGGACCCCGAGGAGCUGGCUGUGGUGUCCAUGGUGCAGUACAAAGUGUCGCAAUCCCUCAACCUCACCUCGGAGAACGAGCAUGAUCAAAUUAAUGCAUCUAAAAUAAUCUACCACAGCGCACUCCCUUGAGCAAUCAGUGCCUCAGGGAAUGCUGGGAAAGGGCAGAACAGUGACGGCUGUCCAGUGCUCGUCUUUCAAAUGUUCCCCCCGUUAUUCGCUUUCCCAUUCGGUUUUGUGCUGCUGUUUUGUUGUAAACGUGCUUGGUGAGGGAGCUCAAUGUAAUGUUCCCAACCAUCCCUUGCUGUGGUCUGUGAGUGGGGACGGGGGGGCUAGCAACUUUCAGCCAAUGGAGAAUCAGCUGUGUGAACUAGGAGCCCACUCCCCGCUGAGCCGAUCCGGGGCCCUGGGAAGCAGUAUCCGUAGCUAGCCUCUCAGCAGGACUCCGCAUCGUCCCUGACUCACUAGUGAGAGCAUUAGAGGGAAAGACUAGGAGCAAUCCAGGGGAGACCGU